AUGGACGUCUUGUGUUGAGAUAGCCCAUCAGCAGAAACCAUUUGUAUCGAGGGUUCUGUCUAACCAAGUAAAAAGCAUGGCGGCCAAUUAUGGGAGAAGAACCCUACACCUGACUUCUGCUUCAGCUAAAACCCUUCUCAGCCGCUCGCCGUCCGCUUCGACGGCGAGUAAGUUUACCGGACUAGCUUCUCCCAUUAAGCCCACCUUCGCUUCUCGGUUUUCAUCUCUUCACAAACGCGCCAACUCCAGGCUUCCGGUGGAGCUGGGUGGGGCUGUGUCUUUGAUGCCUUUACAUAGUGUUACUGCCUCUGCCUUGCUCACAUCUUUGCUGUCUUUGAACAAUCAGAACUGGGGUUGUCUCUCAGAAGGAUUUGCAACAACUCUAUAGCAAGGCUUAAGAGCACCUACCAGGCAGAUUAUGAUCAUCACAAGAGAAGGUUUCAAUGCAUGUUCUUGUUCCAACUUCACAAGAGAGAGCAAACAACUUUUUGUACUAUUAUUUUCUGGUUAAGUUUUGCAUACAAUAUCAGAAUGCCAAUUGCCAUUCAUAAAAUGUCAUCAAAGCUUGAGAGUUUUGAAAAUAAUCUGGUAAACAUAACAUGUUUCUGAUUGACUCCA